CCCGCGGUGAGAAGAAGAAGGACAAAUUGCUCCUGCCUCUGUUAUUGCUCAUGAAAUUGAAACUGAAGGUCGUCCUGCCAAUCCUUCUCGGUCUGAUUGGACUCAAAGCAUUCAAGGCUUUGAUAUUGUCGAAAAUCGCCAUCAAACUGGUACUUGGCUUCCUCAUCUACAACUUGAUCACCAAAUUGUCGGGCGCCAAAAUGAUGAUGAUGCCCGCGCCUGCGCCAUCAGCUGAAUACGGUCCACCCAGCACCACUGCCUCCUCAUACGAUCCCAGCAGUUGGGAACCAGCCAGCGGUGGCCCAUAUGCCCGUUGGGACACGCAAAGCCUCGCCUACAGCGCAUACCAUCCCAGCUCUAGCUCAUACAACUCCGGAUCCAGCUCGCCUGGUUCAUCGUCCAGCUACAGCUCAUCAUCGUAG